CCCAAUGUGUCCUUUUUGCCGGGGCAUAAAUAAAGAUGGAGAAAUGGGGGAUUCAAGCCGGAGAUAGAUAGAGAAAAAUGGCGACAUGGGGUGCAUUUUUGGGUACAAGGGUUAUGGAAAUAGUGAAGAAGCAUGAUUCCGGCGGCCUUGUUUGGAAGAGAAUAAAGCUCACAUCUACUCGCAAAGCUAAUGCCAAGAAACGUCUUCGCCGUGUUUGGCAGAAUGAAGCUGUCUUGAGGGCAUGUUCUGAACCACUUCCAUCCGUAACUUCAGAGAUUGAUGCUGGACAAAUAAGUAAUGUGCAGUUAAAAACCAGUAAGAGUUAGUUCAGAAAAGGGUGACCGAGUAUGAAGAGGCAAAAUGGAAUAUGGGAAACUGCUGUUUGCGAGGUCUUUAUUACCUCUGGUUAAUGGCAUUAAUGGACUACCCCUGAAUUUUACUUCACCUGUUAGCAUUAUGUUAGUAUCUAGUGAGGUGAUUUGGAUGUCUUACUUUCACAUGGGUUACUCUAGAUCAUGCAUCUUAGAGCUGACACAACUAUCUCCUUCGUCUUGGUGAUCCAAGUAUACCUUUCUUAGCUUA